UCCUGCACAGACUGAGAUAAACAACUCGGAGAUCUGAGAGACAGAGAGACAGAGAGAGAGAGAGCUGCAGCUUGAGGGUUGAUCUGCGCUGAAGGAUUUAUUCAAAUUGAAGUUUGUGCUUCAUAAAUUGCACUAUGACGACUUCUGUGGGUAAAAGGCCGAGCACUGAGCAGAGGAAGGUGCGCCUGCGUGAUGCGGCUCGCUCUAGGCGGAGUCAGGAAACAGAGGUGUUCUACGAACUUGCACACUCAUUGCCCCUGACACGCCGCAUCACCUCCCACUUAGACAAAGCUGGGAUCAUGAGGGUAACCCUCAGCUACCUGCGUAUACGCCAACUUCUCCAGUCUUCAUUGACCAAGGCAACACCAGCAGAGGAGGAAGAGGAGGAUCCCAUUGAUACGUUCUACCAACAGGCACUUGCUGGCUUUAUCAUGGUGAUGAGUGAAGAAGGGGAUAUGGUCUUCCUGUCUGAAAAUGUCAGCAAGUUUAUCGGCAUCACACAGCUGGAGCUGCUUGGCCAGAGUGUGUACGAUUAUGUCCAUCCGUGUGAUCAAGAGGAGCUGAGAGACCUUCUUACCACCAAGCUGGGACUCUUUAAGAAGAAGUCUGAUAGUUGUACAGAGUGCAACUUCUUCCUGAGACUGAAAAGCACACUUACGAGCCGUGGAAAAACCGUGAACAUCAAGUCUGCCACCUGGAAGGUGGUUCACUGCGUUGGCUAUUUGAAGACACUAAAUCAGGAAGGAGAAGACUCUUCACCCGCAGGGAGCUACAUGACCCUGCUGUGUGAACCCAUCCCACACCCGAGCUAUGUGGAAUUCCCUCUGGACAGCAACACCUUCCUCACACGCCACAACAUGGACCUGCACUUCAACCACUGUGAUGGCCGGGUGACGGAGCUUGUUGGAUACAAUCCCAGUGACCUGAUUGGCCGAUCUGCCUAUGAUUUUUUCCAUGCGCUUGAUUUUGAUCAUCUGACAAGGAGCUUGCAUAUCUUGAUCUCCAAAGGUCAGGUGUGCACUAGCCAUUACCGCUUCCUGGCUAAGAACGGAGGAUUUGUUUGGACCGAAACCCAAGCUACGGUGCUAUACAAUAAGAAGACCUCGCAGCCUGAAGCUGUAGUGUGCCUCAACUUCAUCCUCAGUGCGGUGGAAGAGGCAGACACAGUGUUCUCCAUUGCGCAGACGCGCAGUGACUUGAUGGAGGACAAACUGAGUGUGAUUAAGGUGGAUGACUCAGAGGAUGAGAUGAUUAGCAGCAGCAGCAGCAGCAGCGAGCUUUUCCACCGUUUGAAGGACAAUCCAGAGGAUCUUCUGCAGCUGGCACCAGCCCCAGGAGAUACCAUCAUACCACUGACAGAGCAUAGCGAGUUGUUCUUUGGCCCACCAUCCAGCCCCAACACACUGCCCACAUGUCCAAAGGAACUAUGUACCCCAAAACUCCGCCAGCUCCUCUCACCCAUAUUUGACAACCCUGACUCCUCUGAACUGGUGAGUGUCUGUCUCUCUCUCUCUCUCUCUCUCUCUCUCUCACACACACACAUACACACUCCAUGUUGUGGUAAAUUAAUGAAUUAUUAUUUUUGUUGUGGCCCUCAGAGCUCGAGCGAUGAGAUUCUCAUGGACACUGGUGAUGUGGAGAAGUUCUUCUGCAAGCCAGAGGAGACUCAAAAAAAGUCAAUGGAGGAUAUGGAUGACAUGGAUCUGGAUAUGUUGGCACCAUACAUCUCCAUGGAUGAAGACUUCCAGCUGACCUUCCUACCACAGUUACCUGAGGCAGAGACACAGACUGAUGUAUCACCCACAGCUUCUAAGAAAAGAGGCCUGGAGGAAGAGGAAGAAAUACCAUCUCUAACAUCUAACUGGGAGAAGAGACAGAAGAACUGCCCCAUAGAGGAGGAAUAUCUUCUCUCACACUCCUCAUUGAUGCAGGUUGCAGGAGGUUUAGAAGAGAUGGCGCCUGAGCGUUGGAAACAGAGUCAGCUCCUGACAGACAGAGAUCCUGUGCUGGGAGGAACUCAAACACUCUGUGAUACAGCAGCUUUGAUGCGAGAUUCUUUCUCAUCACAACCACCUGAUUUAAUGACUCAAUUAACUGGGACUGUAUCGUCGCUCGCCUGAGGAGAGGAAUUGUAAAUCCUGAAGCUACAACCAACGUGCUUUAUUGUUUUUUUUUAUUAUGAAGUCAUAAUAAAAAGUAUAAUAGUCACAACACAGUAUAAGAAAUUCUGGUGAUUUCAUCAAUUGUGAAUUAAAACCACAUACGAAAGAACAGAUCCUUGCCAGAUUCUUGGGCCGACUUCUAAUCAUUUAGAAGACGGCGGGUUGCAGGAACCUAGUUGGGUUUAAAAUAACACCCCUGAGCAGAAUUUGUCGUGAGUGUUGGCAUCAGUCACACCGUGCUCGCUUCAAAAACAUGCAUUUCAGACUCGAGCAGAGCUUUCUGAUGCUGUGAAAUCAACCACUGUCCACCUAUCAACACUUUCACAAAACUGAACUGAACUCUGUGUCACAUGAGAGAAAGUUAAGUGCAAAAUGUUGUGCAAUAUUCAUCCUGGACCACCCAGUUUAUUCAGAUUUUCACCUAUACAUUUUCCAGUGCAUGAAUAAACAUGGUUAAAGAAUGAAUUAACCUGAAGAUUGGUUUAGUUUCUGUGCCACGUAUACUUGCCAUGGAAGUGCAAGUAUAAUAACUACAGUGUUGAAUUUUGAAACCCUAUCUCCAUCUUUUGGUUGUGAAUGAAAAAUCUGAAACGUGAUAAAUGGAGGUGUAUACAUGUCUGACCGAUGCUAUAGAUAACGCACACAAGAAAUCUUAGCCUUUUUUCUGAAAACAUCUUUUUAUUAAACAUUUUAUAUACCUUUUCAUAUGUAACAUGUAAGUAAAUAUGCCAAACCUUUUGUUUCAUUUCUGUUGUAGCUUUGUGUCCUUUUGAAAUUUACAGUACUCUCUGUAGUGUCCAUAUGAAUAGAAACUUGUCAUGUAUAAGCUUUAGCAGAUUGGGGGACAGUAGCCAGAAAGUGUUUAUAGUCUUUUGCAUUUAAUCACUGAAUGUGUUGGGUUUUGCUCAUGUAGUUUAUCAGUAUAUGGGCUAGCUUUUUCUCUAAUGAUACAAUGUUCGAUCUCAUUUGAAAACUGUUUUUAUGGAUUUGUUCUCAGUAACUUUUUACUUGAUUAUAUUCAGCAUUAUUUUAAGAUCUGGGUUGGGAAGCCUUACAAAUUAUGUUGAGAGAUAAUUAAACAUGGCUUGCAUGUACAUUUCCUUAUUCUUUUGUCGUCUGUAAUCCCUGUAUGUCUUGUUUCAAAUUUUUUAAUCCUGAAUUUUCACCCUGAAAUGUAACCAUGAAUGAAUUAUUUUUAAUGAAACAAUAAAACUGAGUGUAUGAUGCUGUAA